UGAUCAUCACUCAGUUAUUGAGAACCUUGGGAUUGCUAAUUCUCACUUUCAAGAGGAUCGCAACUGCUUUGGUUCCGUAAAGAUCAAGCUCUUGCAGCCUUCCCGCACCUUCUGUCCCUAACAAGACAGGAAGAAGCCCAUGCCCUCUUUCUGAAUAGCUUCAAACUGUCGCUCCUUCCCUUUCUCUUUUCUCGCAUGUAGCCAACGAUUCGCCCAUUGUCGCGGCUUUAAUUCUUCAAUCUCCUCCGACUCCUCUCUAAAUUUUACCUACUCUCGGUCAGCUCGUGCCACCUCGUCAUAUUUGACUUAUGCUGAGAAGGCCAAUCCCUCUCCUAGUCACUUUAUUUCCAAACACACCGCAUCGCGAUUCAACAUGGUCAGAGCAAUCUUCAGAAACCUUGUCAUCGCGGCUGCUGGUGAGUUUCCAAGCGACUGUCCCAGCGAGCAAGCGGCUAAGGAAUGGGCAAAGUUGCGCCAAGGCCGGUUCUCAUCCGUCUUGGACGAUUCUGUGACCCAUCUCAUUUGCACGAACGAAGAGUUCAAGAACAGGCAAAAGAACCAUCGAAUCAAGAUUGCAGAAAAAGACAAGAGGAAGAUCCACAUCAUCAACUGGGACUGGUACAGGUUCUCUUGCACCCACAACAAGAAGCUUCGUGAGCGAGACUUUGAUUUCUCCGCCACGAGAGCCAAGGAGAAGGAAAAGUUCAGAAAGGAGCGAGAAUUGGAACAGAGGGCCCGCAACUCCAUGAAGGGAGAGAAAUGGAUCAAUCCAGAUCUUUAUCAUGUCUGCACUGACAAGAGUUUCUUCGAGUACAAGAUUGAACUCUUCAGAACUUCGGAGGACGAGGACGGGGCUCAUCACGAGAAGUACCAACUCUACCUGUUUGAAUCCCACGCCAAGCCGCACCUCUACUGGUUUGGUGUCAAGUUUCUCAAAAAAAAGGACAAUGGCAGGUGGUGGCCACAUGCCUCCGAGCGCACCAGCCCGACACCAGGAAACCUCCAGCAACAGUUCCAGCAGUUCCUGAAAUUCUUCGAGCUCAAAACCAGUAUUCGCUGGUGGGACAGAAUCAUCAAGGCUGGAACGCGUGAGAAAAUCUUCUUCAACUACUCGCCGCCGACUCGAGGCAAGCCUGUCGGAGGCGGUAUGAAGGGAGACAUGUACGAUAAGUGUCUCAAGAGUAACAAAGGCUGGUUCCAUCGCUGGGCAGAUCUGUUUGGGGAUGACCUGCCAGCCGAUCUCCAAAUUGAGGAUGCGGCUAAAAAGAUACUGGACGAUACUAUUGACGAAUCGUGCGCAUUUCUAGAAGCAGCUUCACUUCUUGGUGAUGAGGAGUCCGUCCAAGCAUCACAAGAAACCUACGGAGGCAACAUCCCGGGUGCUUCUGCUGAUAGCAAGGUUUGGGAUGAGCCCCAUGAGAAUAGCGUCAUGGACAGCGACUCUAAAGUGCACGAAUAUAAAGGCACCUUGUAAACUCGGAUGAAGAAAACUUAUUCUACGUCAGCAGUGCUUGAGGGCCGGAAAGAGCUGCGGCGAGCAGCAUCAAAGAAUCGACACGAUCAGAUGCUCGAAAGAAGGCAGUCUCUGAAAGUGGCGGCGAGUGGGCGACGGUCUGGGUUAUUGGUGGUGGAAAUUUUCAUUUUAACAUUUCGAAGCGGGGGUUGGUGGGUGUGGUCUUUGGGGACAGGUUGAAUUCAGAUGGAGGCCGAGGCUCUUUGGGAAAGGUGGCUAGGCGUUGCUUUCUUCUCCUUUCGGUGUUCCUGCCAACAUCUAGGGACACACACUCCCAUGUAUACUUCACUUACUUCUCCAGAGGACAGGGCUUCCUAAUCUAGAAAUUACUAUGGCGUUGUUUCCAGACACAUGUGGAUUUGGAUGUAGCAGACUCGAGGCUUUCUCCUUAUUCUUUGUCUCCGA